AUGAUCAAUUUUGGAAUGUUUUUGAAAGAUAGUUUAUCAUUAGAUGAUAAUAAAAAGGAAGCAUUAAGAAAUUAUAAAUAUGCUGGAGAAGAUCAAUCAUUCUUAGCUCCAUUUAUGUAUAAAUUAUGGGGUUUAUUUUUUGUCUUUGUUCCAAAAAGAAUAUCACCAAAUUUAGUAACAGUUUUCGGUUUAAUAAUUGUUCUACUUGCUUUUACAUUAAUUCAUAUAAAUUUACCCGAUAAUGAUGGUUUUAAUUGUUUAAUAUAUGGAAUAGCCUUAUUUAUUUAUCAAACAGCUGAUGCACUUGAUGGUAUGCAAGGUAAACGUGUUCAUAUGUAUGAAAAUGCAACAACUGAAAUAUUCGAUCAUGGUGUUGAUUCAAUCGUAACAAGUUUAUCAUGUAUUGCAACAAUAACACGAUUAACUCAUAUAGAUAAACAUCUUUCACCAAUAUAUUCAGUAUUGGUUUUAUUAACAUCAUUUAUUGGUUUUCAUGCUCCAACAUAUGAACAUGUUGUAACAAGAAAAAUGAAAUUUCGACCUGGACCAUGUAAUCCAACAGAAGCUUUAGUCACAAUGCAGUUACUAUAUUUAAUAGCGGCUAUUUAUCCAUUAAUAUGGACAUCUGAAAAAUCAAAAUUACUAUUAAUGAUAAUUAUCGUACCGGUUUUAUCAUUAUCAGCUAUUUUAUCUUUUUUAUCAUCAUUAAAACAAAUUCAUAUUCACCAUAAAGGUAUUCUAAGUAUGACAAUAAAAACUGUAUUUCGUGGAUAUUCUCCUCUUUUCUUUAUUAUUAUUUGUACAUUUCUAUAUUUACCUCAUAUAUCAAUAUUCUAUAAAGAACAUUCAUUAAUGUGUUUACUUGCAUUAGCAAUACCAUGGAAUUAUUCAAUUUAUCGAACAAUAAUUGUAGAAAUAACGAAUGAUAAAAAUUUUGAUACAUUAGGUGUAUUAAUUGGUCAAAGUCCAAUAUUAUUACCAAUUUUUGUUGCAUAUUUUAUACCAUCAUUACUUAUAAUAACAUUAAUUAUAUCAAUUAUAUUAAGUGGAACUUUAUAUAUAUAUACAGUUCAUUUUACAUUAAAAGAAGUAUGUCAUGCAUUAUCAAUGAAACAUUUUUGGACUGUUAAAACAGAUGUUUAA